GACAAUUCCAAAGAAAAAGAUAGAUAUCCACCACCGCAGAUCUACCAGCGGCACCAACUCCGUCUUGGAUUCGAUGAGGGAUUACAGCUUUAGCUACCAGCACCCAGUGCACUACCACGAGAGCCACCUCGUCAAUCACGCAAAAGGGAGCCUGCUGUCGUCGGUUCUGCUUCUAACGGCCCUUUCCUUCCACAGUCUCUUCGAGGCACUCGCUAUUGGGGUGGCGACCGACACCGCGUCAAUCACCUCGACCACGUCGGCCGUCCUGGCGCACAAGGCAUUCGCGGGAUACGCACUCGGCUCCGCAAUGGUUGCCUCCCACAUGAGAGAACUGCACGUCCUUGUAUUGAGCUUUGUCUUUGGCCUUUGCAGCAUCGCAGGCGUCUUUCUAGGAAUUUUCCUCUUACCAGCAAUCGAUGCUGACAACAGUGUCACAGUAAUUGGAAUCAUCCAGGCGAUGGUGUCCGGCACGUUUUUGUACGUUUCCAUCGUCGAGAUCGCAAUGAAAGAGCUCAUGACGCAUAGAGAGGGCAAAAGUGACCUGCCGAUACAAACAUGGCAGAUUCGAAAGCUUUUGGGCUUUUUGGUAGGUUACUUGAUGAUGUCGGUCCUGGCCAUAUGGGUAUGACAAUUCGAUUUAAACUGUUAUCAGCGUCAAGAUUGAAAAUUCUUGUUGUUGUUCAAUAAAUAUUGUAGAUUCUU